UCUCGAGAACACUUUCAACAACGCAGUUUACAUCAAGACAUCAUGAAGACACCUUACUAUUUAUCUUCCUACAAAUCUUUUGUGUUUUUAGUUUUAUUAAUUGCACAUUGUUGUGAUGGUGAGGAUUACUACGGCAAGUUAAUUGGCAAAUUAUCGGAGUUAAAUCAUGGUCUAAGCGGUGAAGUCUAUGCGGUCGAUGCCAGGACAUUGUUUAUCAAGGAUUUCAACUACGAUGGUGAAGGUCCUGCCGCCUAUUUUUAUGCCGGAAAUUCUCGAGCGCCGAUAAUAAAUGGAUUUAGAAUCCGCGAUGAAAAAGGUAAUACCGGACCAUUGAAACAAUAUCGAAAGAAGAAAAUUACUUUGACAUUACCGGAAGGAAAGACCUUGAAAGACAUCAAAUGGUUUUCCGUAUAUUGCGACGCCUACUCAGUUAACUUUGGUGAUGUAAGAAUACCUCGAGGUUUUGAUUUCCCAAAACCCCAAAAAUUAGCAGGAUUGAACGGCGUUCAUGGUGUUCGUUCCGAUCCAGUUGUUGUUGUUGAUGCUCAAACAUUGUUGGUACCUUCUUUUUCAUACGACGGAGAAGCUCCAGAUGCAAAAUUUUGGGUUGGUUCCGGAGCCCAUCCAUCAUCAAACGGGAUUCGAUUACCGGAUGAAAAUGGCAGAGAAUCACCAUUGCGUGCUUAUGAUCGCAAAACAAUAGUACUCACGCUACCCGGAGAUAUUACUAUUCAUCAAUUGGGCCAUUUUGGUAUUUGGUGUGAGGCAUUUACCGUAGACUUCGGUCAUAUACAAAUUCCUUCCAGCCUCAAUGUACCACCGUCACUCAAGAUGCUUGGCAUUUCACCUCAGGUGCAGGGUCAGAUUGGACCGUAUAAUCAACCUCACGAGCUGUAUUUGACGCAAUCUUCUUCUUCUUCUUCUGCCUCUUCUUCUGCUUCCGUUUCUUCUGACUCUGAUUCUACUACUUCUUCCCACAUAUCCGACCACCAACACCACCCUACGUUUGAUACUGCUUCUUUGCUGAUAAAUGAGUUUCAACGUCCAACGACCUAUCGUCCUCCUACUAGUCUGCUAUCGAAUAAUCGUCGAGCAGCUUUUCAUCCUCACGUCCAAAUAAUUCACAACCAACACAACCACCAAUCAAUUGAUCGCACCCCUGGGAAAAGUUCUGACUUAUCAACUAUUCAAUCUGCUUUACCCUCCGCCGCAUUUCAAUACCCCCAAAAUAACAACAAAAACAACAAUAAUAAUAGUCAAAGAGGUUCUUAUGCACAUUUGAGAAAUUUUCAUGGUAACCAACGUCUUGAAUCAUAUUCGAAAUUAAAUUGUGAAGUACUCGACGAUAAUUUAACAUUUGAGGUAAGAUGGGCCGUUGCUGGUGAAAGUAUUGUUGUACAACUUGUCUCACGUUUAGAUGACAAUAAUUACAUGUCAUUCGGGUUGUCAGCUAAUCCAGAGCGUAGUCUGAUGGUGGGCGGCGAUGUUGUAGUGGCCUGGGUUGACAAAGAGACAUUGCAAGGGUACGCGAUUGAUUAUAUACUAGACGGUAAAUCACAAUGUUCUGGUAAACGUGGUAGUUGUCCGGAUACUCGUAUACAGGACUCAACAAAUUCAAUACGUUUACUAAACGCUGCAAUGGUAAAUGGCUACAGCAUAAUAACAUACCAAAGACCAUUAAAAGCGUCCGAUGAAUUGGAUCUCGAGAUAAAAACAAACCGUUCCCAAGCAAUUAUUUGGGGUAUUGGUCCAUUAAAUGAAAGAAAUGAGGUCAGCUUCCACACUCACUAUCUCAAGAGCGACAAAUUAAUUGAAUUUGGACGACCUGCCGCCUGGAAUUGCCCAAUGCCUGAGACCGAUGACGAUCAAUAUGAAGAAGACUUCUCUAGUCCUCCGAAGAAACAAACCAGUGAUACUCAAGCCACUAACACCAACAAUAAUCAUAACCGUAAUCAUAGUCAUGAUCGUAAUCAUAGAAAUAAAAACAGCCCGAGACCUACCGAAGAUAUCAGCAGUUUUACCAACACCACCGGUAACAGCAAUCACAAGCAAAAUAUUGAAGAAGAUAUUCCAGUAAAGCCAACCACUCGUCGGCCAACUUCCCGACCUAGAACUUAUACAGCUACUCCAGCACCCGCAUCAACUGCCAAUGCGUGGGAAAUUCCACCCAUUCAGUGCUAUGAACCAGAAGAUGGUAACUUUUAUGCGCAGCUAGGUCCUACUGGUGGUAAACAUGGUUACCCAGCGAUAACAGGUCAUGUUGGUUGGGGAGUUUCUUGGUACAUAAACGGUUUAUUAAUACCCGAAAUAAACGUAGUUCGUGGUCGUGAAUAUACCUUCGUAAUAGAAGCUGGAGAUGACCCCGAUAUACCCGCCAAGUACCAUCCAUUCUACAUAACCGACGAUUCAGUUGGUGGUUACAUGCACAAGAGUCCCGAAGAACGAGCUAAGGUCAAGAUAUUCGCUGGAGUUGAACGUCGAGGUUCUAACUUAGUACCAAACGGUGUUGGACGGUAUUGCAGUUGGGUCCAUGAUCCCAACGCACCGGAAGCUGAUAGUUAUGCUUCUUUCGGUGCAUUCCAACGUUCUUUAACACUUAUCUGCGAACCGGGUACUCCCGGCUUCAUCAGAUGGACUCCCGAUAAAGACACUCCAAAAACUGUUUAUUAUCAGUGCUUUACUCAUCGUUACCUAGGUUGGAAAAUCAAUGUCCUUGACAGCUGUGAUGAACCCGAAGGAUCAGCAUCUCAAACCCACCAAUCUUACUACCAUCAUCAAGAAUCUAAGCCACAAUUCCUUCAUCAAGAAUCUAAACCACAAUUUCUUUAUCAAGAAUCUAAACCACAAUUCCUUCAUCAAGAACCUAAACCACAAUUCCAUCAUCAAGAAUCUAAACCACAAUUCCUUCAUCAAGAAUCUAAACCACAAUUCCAUCAUCAAGAAUCUAAACCACAAUUCCUUCAUCAAGAAUCUAAGCCGCAAUUCCAUCAUCAAGAAUCUAAACCACAAUUCCUUCAUCAAGAAUCCAAACCCAUGUUCCAAUAUCAAGAUUCUAAGCAUCAUCAUCAGCUUCAUCAUCAUGAUCCAGGAAAUCAACGCUACCCUAUCAAUGCAAUAAGCAAUGAAAUAAUUACUAACAACAAUUACCCAGUAGCAAUGCCGCUUUCUUCAAAAACGCAGUUGAAAAUGUUCCCGCCAAAUAUGCCCUAUCCAAACUAUUACCAAUCGCAUCACAAUAAGCAAAUAAAUCCAAAUCAAGUGUACAAACAGCAUAAUUAUAAUUUUUACAACAACAAUAAUAUUAAUAGAAAAUUUGAAGAGAAGAGACGUCAGGAUAUUGGUGAGAGUUUUGGUGAUAAAAAGGGUUUUAAUCCUGAUUCUAUUAUUAUUGAAGGUGGAUUUAAGCCUAUCAUUAAGAACGGUUUUGAUGAAGAGAAAUUUGUUAAGAAAGCUAAUGAUAAAUUGAAUAGUAAUAAUAAUAAUAAUAAUAAUAAUAAUAAUAAUAAUAAUAAUAAUAAUAAUAAUAAUAAUAAUAAACGAUACUACAAUGAAAAACAAAAUUCAAAUUCAAAUUUCAAAAAAUUCCCACCGUUUGUCAGCAAUAUAGCUCCUGGGAAUACCCAGCAGAAUGAUCAAGGCUACUCGGCGAAGAGCUAUGAAAAUUCUAACCUCAAUCAUCUACGAACGCAGAGAUCGGUUGAUAAUCAAAAUGAUGGUGAUAGAGUAGCUAGUACUGGUGGAAUAAAUAUGACUAAUGUAAAUUGUAUUGUUUUAAUGGUUAUUAUAAAAACUGUUCUUUUAAUUUAUUUCUCACCAUACCCAAUUUUUUAUAAUGAUACUAAAAUUAACACUGACAAUUUUUAUGAUAUCUCUGAUUACUAA